CACACUUAUCAAAUGAAUCCAAGAUUGAUCACUGCCGCUCAAAUCGGAAGCAUAGAUGACUUGUAUACCCUAAUUCACGAGGAUCCGUACGUUCUUGAAGCCAUUGAUGUCGUACCAUUCAUCAACACUCCUCUUCAUGUAGCUUCUGCUUAUGGGAACCUUGCGUUUGCUAUGGAGAUGAUGAAUCUUAAGCCCUCAUUUGCUAGAAAACUUAACACAUAUGGGUUGAGUCCGUUGCACCUUGCUAUAGAGAAAGGCCAAACUCGGUUAACUCUCGGUUUACUCAAACUGGAUCCGGACCUAGUUUGUCUUCGAGGAAAUGAAGGUACGACGCCAUUUCAUAUGUUAGUAAGAAGAGGAGAAAUUGACCUUAUGACAGAGUUCCUUUUAGCUUGUCCCGGUUGCGUUAGAGAUGUGAAUGUGAACGGUGAGACGGCUCUACACAUUGCUGUUUUGAACGAUAGAUACGAAGAGCUUGAAGUACUUGUUGGAUGGGUGCAAAGACUGCGUCAUAUGGAUGCUAAAUCACUAGAGACGCAAGUGUUGAACAGACGUGAUGGAAACGGUAACACGGCCUUGCACAUAGCAACAUAUCAAAAGAACAUCAAGGCAAUAAAACUUUUGCUAGGCUCUCCAGCGGUUAACCGAAACAUCCAUAACCGGAUUGGUUUAACCGCUCUAGAUAUCUUGCAAAACCAGAGACAUAAUAAUAAUAGGACUAGAGAAAUCCAAGAAACUAUUCGUAAGUCAGGAGGCAAAAGCGCAAACUCUCUACCAAAGUCCAAGAAAGUGUCAGAAAUAUUGAGAUCACCGAUUAGUUUCAAGGAGCAUUUGUUCACACACGCAGCUCGAUACAGGAAUCAAAUAUCAGAUGCAUCACGUAGUGCUCUUCUAGUGAUAGCCGCGCUGAUAAUAACAACUACUUAUAUGAUAGCUCUUCAACCACCAGGUGGUGUUUACCAAAGCAAUGCUGAGGAAGGUAGUAGUACUAAAAGUAACAAGAGUGUUGGUACGGUUGUGAUGAACGAGAGUUAUUUCUAUGUGCUAAGGGUUGUGAAUAGCAUGGCUUUCGAAGGAGCGUUUUUAAUGGUGUUUUACUUUUUACCAGCUGGAGAAGAAUACAUAUGGGCGUUUAUAUGGAUAAUGGUGCCUCUCCAUGUCUCUUACUUAGUCUCAAUGGCUGUGAUAUCACCAGAUAAAAUGUGGUAUUUACCUAUCAGUGUAGGUUGGGUUAUGAUCGUUGUUGUUGUUAACAUGGUUGUGUAUUUCUUGCGGUGGAAGCUGUCGUCUAAGAAAGAAAAACCUGAAUUGAUCAGAAGCGAAUUGAUUCUUGAAGGCUUGACAACUCUAGAUCAAGCUAAAGGAGUGUAGUCAAUGUGAGUCGUGAG